CUACCGCGUCGAUAGACUUCCUGAAAACGCUCGUGCCUCCCCUACAGCUCAGGAAAGCUGGAAAACUCGCUGUGUAGGGGGGCAAACAAACAAACAAACAAACAAACAGCAGGGCACCUUUAACGUCGGAUAAAGAGGUUUACCAUGCCUUGAGACCCUGUUCCAGCACUCAUACUCUCUGUAUUCUGUUUUAUUUAUUUCCCAUUUUGAGGACCAUCUUGCAAGGGUUGAAGAACAGAAUUCGGCAUUCAUGGAUAUCAAAUCCUGGAUUUUCUGGCAUUUUUUUAUUGGGUGAACUAUGUAACACAUGAUUUCUCUGCACUACUACAAUCUCUGACACUAUUUUGAACCAAAACCAGAAGUGACAUCCCUGUUCAUCUCUAUCACUUCCUAAACCUUGUUGUUUUUGGAGAGAACAACUAGUGCAUCCGUCCAGAAAGUCAUCUCUACAAAUCAGAGGAAAGAGCCCUACAUGAGGCAUUCAAGCUGUAUAGUCCAAACAUACUCUCCACAUCCCAGUAGCACUACCUUUUGAGCCCAGACGUUGAACAUGCGCUCCCCAGGCCCAGAGAUCCCAUCUAUGACUGAGGAGGCCCUGCUGCACGGACAGUUCGGCGGUUGGAGCAGCGGAGGAGGAAGUGGAAGUAACAGCAACAGCUGCCCCAACAGCCCUGGAGAUGUUUCUUUGCCUUUCAGCCCCGCCUCUACCAACUAUGCCCUGACCCUCACACCAACUCACAUCCAUGUCCAGCGGUUGUCUCCACGUGUGGGGAAGCAGUCCAGGCUGAUCCUGCCACUGGCGGAACUGACAGGAUGCAGCUGCCCGCGUUUGCCGGCCCCUUCUUUGCUGGUGCUUUACUGGUACCCUCCUGGUCGUCGCCGGAAAGGCGUCUCCAGACGCAGACAGGUGAGGGCAUACUUGGCAGAGAGCAGAGUUGAGGCGGAGAAAUGGAAUACUGCCAUACAGAGCCUUCUGAGGGGGAUGGAUGUCAGCUCCACUACAGAAUUUUGUAAAAGCAUGUUGCCCCGUCCCCGUCGACUGUUGCUGCUGGUCAAUCCAUUCAGUGGCCGGGGUCAGGCAAUGCAAUGGUGUCAAACGCACAUACUUCCAAUGAUAAGAGAAGCCAACAUCAGCUACAACCUCAUACAGACAGAGCGUCAGAAUCAUGCACGUGAGAUAAUCAGAGAGAUCUCGUUAACAGAAUGGGAUGGAAUCGUCAUUGUUUCUGGAGAUGGACUCUUGCACGAGGUGAUAAAUGGCCUCAUGGAAAGGCCAGACUGGGAACAAGCAAUAAAAACUCCUCUGGGAAUCCUUCCUUGUGGCUCUGGAAAUGCACUUGCUGGUUCCAUCAACCACUUUGCAGGAUAUGACAUGUGCCUUCGGGAGCCUCUCCUUCUCAACUGCUGUUUUCUGCUGUGCCGGGGUGGGGUUAAACCAAUGGACUUGGUGUCCGUUACAACCAGCCCAUGCACUUCAUCUACCACAUCCAAUCAGAAUGGGCACCCACCUGCUCCUAGGAGGCUUUUCUCUUUCCUUUCUGUGGCCUGGGGUUUUGUGUCUGAUGUGGACAUAGAGAGUGAGCGUUACAGAGGGCUGGGCUCAGCACGGUUUACACUGGGAACACUAGUGAGAUUGGCUUCUCUGCGCUCCUAUAAGGGCCGUCUUUCCUACCUUCCACCCGCUAUGGUCAACCCGUCCCCCGAUGCCACACCUCAGCAACCCCGAAGGCCACUUUCACGUAGCAUUACCGAAGGCUUGGAGGGUGUUUGUCGCACUCCCAUUCACCGCACCUGCUCAGACAUGGGCCUGAGUGAACAAAGAAGUCUCCGUAAGGGAGAUGGGGAGAGAGAGAGGGAAAGAGAGCGGGAGAAGCAGGAGAGAGAGCGGGAGAGGGAGAGGAGGAGAGAGAGGGCAAGAGGGGUUGGGGUAGUGAGAGCUAGCAGUCUCGCAGAAGACAGAGAGAGAGAGGUGGAAGCAGAAGAGAAGAUGGAGGAGACGUCAGGGACCAGCUCAGAAUCAAACGAAAGGGAAGAGUGUGACAACAUAGCCAGUAAUAAUGGGAACAGGGAAGAAGAGAAUAAACCGGGUGGGGAUGAGAUCGACGGAGAAGGAGUAACGAAAGCGAGAGAUGAGGUAAAUGAGUGCAAUGAGAGUUAUCAAACGACUCCACCUGAGAUGCAACACACACUACGUAAAAACUCGGCCCCUUCUAGCCAGAUAAUUAACACCUUCUUCAGCCAGCCAAUUGGGGCAGACACUGACACAGCCUAUGGCAAGGAGGAUGAAGACGUAAAUGGCACCUACUUUCGGAGAGAGGCGUUUUCAUUGGACAAGUCUCGUGAGCGAGCCCUCACCAUCUCAUCUUCUCCGUUCCGUCAGUCUCCUUUCAAAGCUUUUAAACCUAAAACUUUGGACCAGAACCAGAACUCCUCACGGCCACGGCCCCUCUCUCUUCUCCACCAAUCGCAUUCAAACUCUCUCCCUCCAAAAUGUCCAUCCCUUUCUUUGUCCCUUUCCCCAACCCCUCCUUCAUCUCCAUCUUGUGCCUCUCCCCACUCUUCUUAUCUUGUGCCACGUCCCAACACUCCCAGCUCGUCUUCCCCAUCACCUACUUUUCAUUCGCUGACCCCUUCCUUCAGCUUUGACCUUGCAGAGCCUGCAGGACCCCUGAAGAACCACCCUCACACGACAUCCUCCAUCAAGCUGCCAGAGGAUGAUCUGCUACCUCCUCUGGACCAACCUCUCCCUACACAUGACUGGGUCACUAUUGAGGGCGAUUUUGUCCUGGUGCUUGCCAUCUAUCAGACCCACCUGGGAGCAGAUCUUUUCGCUGCGCCUCAGGCUCGAUUUGAUGAUGGGUUGAUCCAUUUGACAUUUGUGCGGGCUGGUAUCUCACGGGCAACACUGCUUAGACUGUUCCUAGCAAUGGAGCGAGGAGCCCAUUUGUCCGUUAGCUCUCCCUACGUUAGUCAUAUUUCUGCUCGGGCGUUCCGCCUUCAGCCGCUUUCACCACGAGGAACCCUCACUGUAGAUGGAGAGCUAGUGCCCUAUGGGCCACUGCAGGCACAGGUUCAUCCCUCCAUGGCCCGUUUGAUUGUUGGGGACUCUGGAAUAAAGAUUACAAGAUUCUGACCUGUUUGGAUUUGAACAGGCAGGGAGAAACAGAAAGCCAGCAGUUGCAAUCACUGCUUUUAAUGGGAUUAACUAAGGGAUUGCUUAGUCAAGCUGCAUAUGCAAGAAGUAUUUUGGAAUUUAACGAAGGGAUGAAAACUUGCAGCCUUAUUGCACGACUGUAGGAUUACACUUGGAUUACCCACACUGUAGUUGGAGAGAGAACGCUAAAAUGUCUACACAAAAGUGGAAACGGCGAAACUGAAUGUGUCCAACUGGUGUAUACAUUUUAGUAUGCAUUUGAUUCACAACAGUGCUCCUGCCUUAUUUCAGAGUGGAAAAAAUGACAGUCAAACACUAACAACAAUAACUAGCUUUUAGGUUGUCACGCCCACAUCCAAAUAUGGCUCCACCCGUUUUGCAUAACAGGCUUAGUAAUUUACAUACUGGCUUAGUAUCACUUGCUCUGAAACCUAAUUUAGCAAAGAUUUAUCGGCAAUGAACUAGAUCUCCGUCCAGCUUUUGAAAACUUGUUUUAUGGGACUGAAAAGAAAUGCAAUCAGUUCCAUCUUUCGUCCAUUUUUUGCAGGUAUUUUUAGGACACAAUCAUUGUGUAGAUUGAGUUAAAUGAGGGAUGUUGUGUUGUAUAUUGCAUUGCUAGUUUGUGUAAGAAAUGCAUGCGGUGAUGAUGAUGAUGAUAUUCAGUAACUAGUUAUAUGCAUUGCAGUGAACAAAGAAAGAAUGCUAGGAAAACUUCCAGUUCAGCAUUUUUCUCUCCCCCCCAAUAAUUAUUGUAUCACUGUCUUCUAUGACAUAAUGCAAACUUGCAUAACGUUUGCUCAUUUUUAUUCCUAAUGAAUCAAGAAAGAACUGGAAGUUAUGGAUCAACUGGUAAUGUACCUUCAACUCCCUUUCCUGAAAGAUUAAUCUGUUAAAUAUUAGUCAAGGACUAUUUCAUAGUGAUCAGUAACUUGAUUACAUUUUAGUCUAUUUCUCUCACAAACCAUUUGUAAGACUGAUUCCCUAGAGUAAAAUGUAUUUGUCAGCUCUUUAAGAGAACAGGCCUUUGGAAAGUCCAGCUGUGAAGCUGAUUACGAUUGUAAUGGAGCCUUUCCAGUGCUUUUAAUUUUACCUAAAUAUUUAUUAGAAAAAUGCCGUAUUUACAUUUCUUCUGUCCUUUUCAUUUUCCAGAGGACCACAAUUUGACAAAUGCAGCUCUCUUAUGUGAAUUUACAAUGAUUAGCAAAUAAUAUUUAAUUCCAAUAACUCGACUGGUAUUUCCGAACAGCUGUUUAGUUCUGUCUAGUGCAAUCAUUUCAGCUUCUGUUGAUCACUGCGGUCCUCACAUCUUAAGUGUCGGCUGGUAUGUAAGUCUAGUUGUUUUAUUUGCAAGUCUGGGAACUCAAAAUUAUUUUCAGCUGCAAUCAGAUGGCCAGUUAUUUGGUUUUGUUUUUCAUUUCCUAUACUUCCUUCCUUCUUUUCUUGUACCAUGCUUUAGCGUGAUCUAAUAAAUUUGGUAUCAAGCUGCUGUCCACCUUGAAAAUGCCAGUUUAAGAUGUCUCUUCAUUCUACGAUGCUUGUAUUAAGAUUGUAAUUACUAUUAAAAGAAUAUUAUAUUAAAUGUAUAUACAUUAUUUACAGUUUCUAGUUCUGUGUGGU